GGGAGUUGUAGUUUUUUAUACGACGCUUUCUUUUUACCCGUUUUGCUCAAGGUUUGUGGAGCUCGCGUAAGGUACACUGCUCUCUGCAGAGAAUUACAUCACACAGACAUGAACAUAGACGUCAGCACUGUUUGAAUAUAUGGGAACAUGUCCAAGAAAAAAGGCAGGAAACGCAGCAGUGGGGAGCUGGGCGACACCCUGACUCCUGACCCCAACAACAUGGUGGGCAUGCGGAUCCAGCACAGCUGGCGGGAGAAGGGCGCUCUCACCAAGUGGAAGGGCACCGUCCUCGACCGCUUGACCGUCAACAACUCGCUCUUCAUGGUCAAGUACGACGGCUUCGAUUGCGUCUACGGCAUCGAGCUCUUCAAAGAUGCUCGGGUCUCCAACCUGCAGGUCCUCACUGAGAAAGUCGUGAACAAUAAGAUCAAGGUCCCUCACGAUGCAGAGGAGCUAGUGGGCAAAGCGGUGGAGCAUCUAUUUGAGAAGGAAGAUGGAGAAAAGAAUGAAUGGAGGGGAAUGGUGCUCUCUCGAGCUCCCAUCAUGACCAACUGGUACUACAUCACCUAUGAGAAGGACCCUGUGCUCUACAUGUACCAGCUCUGGGACGACUACAAGGAUGGAGACCUGCGUAUUUUACCCGAAGCAGAGAACAAGCACCUACUCCCAGCUGACAGGAAGCCAGGGGAAGAGAUAGAGAGCCUCGUGGGUAAGCAGGUGGAGUACGUUACUGACAAGGGCGUGAAGAGAACCGGCUUAGUCAUCUACCAGGUUCCUGCCAAGCCGUCAGUCUACUACAUCAAAUACGACGAUGACUUUCAUAUCCAUGUCUAUGACCUGGUCAAGACGACCUAAAAGGACCCAGCCUUUUGUCCUUUUUGCUUGCUGAUCAUUGCUGGCCAUUUUGAUGUCCCAUUGCAUUCUGGGAAAGAGACGGUGGUAUACUAGGCUAUUGUUAAACCCACAAUUGUCCAGAUGAAUCCGUUUAUAAAGGGUCUUUUUGUCCGCAGCAUUCACUUUGGGUGUCGUUCUAUAGACAACCACAGAGGGUUUAGGGUGCUUCCUUACAGUGAUGGAAGGAUCCUUCAAAUGAGCAAAGCGCAACAGCAAUGAAGGCACAUAGAUAUUUGUGAGUUUGCUAGAUUGUCUGACAUGGAGCAUCCUGUAUGAAAUACCUUAGGCUGUGAAGGUCAUACGCAAGCUAUAUUUAUUUUCUAAAUAUUUUUCAUUCUGUCAUACAUUCUUAUUUCAAGAGGGUAGCUUUACAAGUUAUUUGACAUUUUUUUAGAAUGACUUUCUGAGCUGAGAAUAACAUAUCAUUUCAGGAGUUUUAAAUUUACAAUUUUAAUAAUGUGAAGGAGCAGAAUGCCUUGUUUAGGGCAGCAGUAUCUGUGCUUUAAAUUUUAUGUGUUAAUACAAUCAGUACUUUGAUGAUUAAGAGUCAGUGCACUAUAAUGUGAGAUUUUUAGCUUUUAAGAAUGAUUGUCACAUAAAGCAUCAUUGAUUCAUUUGAAUGAAGAUUUAGGUAAAUGAGAAAUGUCAUUGAUAUAAAUUCCGAACAAACAAACUACAAAGUAGAUUUGGCGGAGUUGACGAUGGUGUCAGAACUAACUAACGUGAUCGCCUACUUCAAUCCCAGAUAUUUGUGGUAAUUUGAAAAAUGCCAGAAAUCGAUAUUUUUCUUUUUUUCUGCAUUUAUUGUUAUUUUGGUUUCUAAUUUAAAAAUGUAUAUUUAAAUGGUUUAAUGUCACCUUGAAUGUAUUGUGUAGAUUGACGCUAUUCCAUGACUUUGAUAAUGUAUAUUUUUUUGAACGUGCUGUGAGACAGCCAAACCUUUCUGCACAGAGCCACCCAUAAAAUAUAUUGAAAGGAAUCAGAAUACAGUGAACACAGAAUUUAAUAAGUUCAUGAUUUGCAUUUUAAAUUGUGAUUCACGUGUAUUUAAGUUAUAUUUUAAUAGGUACUAACCUAGAAAUAAGACCCUAGAGUGGCUAUAAAAAAGUUUUUAAAGCAAGUUGCUUAUAAACCUGAAACAGAUAUUGAAAUGAGCUAUAAUAGACGACCAGUGGGGGAGUGUGCGUUCAUUAACCUUGGUGAUGGUCACAGUGAUCUAGUAAGAAUGAGUGAUGAAGUGUAAGGUGGUUUGGCCUUAACAUCUACUGCAUUGUGAUAAAUACUGUCUGUCUCAUCACCAGCUCUAUGAGAAGUCCAGCAGGCUGGGCUUGAGCUCCCAAUCAGAAGGAGCCCUCGGUGAUCAUGUGACCAUGUCAUGUCCCUAUUUGGUGCACCGUCAGAGUGUCCUUUGCUCAAUGUAGCCACUGCCCUAUUGACAGAUCCAAUCUGCAGGGAGCUGAGUUUUUCGUAGCGCUUUCACAGCGGUUGCUUCUGGCCGUCUUAGCCAGCUUCCACCCUGGUAUCCCUCUCGCCAUCGUGUAAAUGCAUAAACUGUUCAUUUGUGCACAGCACAUAAUGUGUCCAUUUUAUAAAUCACACAAAGCAGGCUGAGACUAUAACAGCUGAAUACAGCACAGGUUCCUUGUACAUACACAUUUAUCACAAACGGGCAUAAUUAGUGUCCUCUGGGACGAAAAUAAUAUUACUUGUGAUAUUAAACCAUACAGCUAUAUAUAUAUUUAAUUUGUGCAUUAUAUGAAUUGUAUGUAUCCAUCCAAAUUUAAAAAGUCCCAUUUUGGGCAAUUAGCAUGAAUUCAUCUCUGACCACAGUACCAACAGGCAUUUUCGCCUGGUUUUACUCAACCGGUAAUGAAUUAGGAUAAUGCACUCUGCUAACGUUCGCUCAUAUUAUCCCACGGGUAGUUCGUAUACUUGUCAGUAGGGAAAAUAAGCAGCACACUGUCACCUUACUUCAUUAACUUGUGUGAAGAAAAAAAAGUUUUGCAUGAUAAUUUGCAUUUCUUGCAUUAUUCCCAUUGUGAAUACCAAACUGUCCAUUAAAUGAUGCAAUUAGGUCCUCGGAGUGUGGUUGUAAUCUGUUUUUGUGCUUUUGAUUUAAUGUACUUGUAAAUGCUCCCUAGAAAUACCCUUCAAAUGUCUUGUUGGAUCAGGCUGAUUUGAUCCACAGCGGUGCCCCUUCACUCUCCUUUAUGUGUGAGGAAACAGACAAGCUCUCUCUUCACAUGUUGAUAACUGUUACUGUCAUUUGAAUAAAUCUUUUGUUACUAAAUGAUUAACUACUGGUGUGUGGGAAUGUCAGUGACAGGAAAUAAGUCAAAAAUAUGACAACACACAAGAACCAGACAAUAUAUACAAAACAUUAACCGAUUCCUAAGGCAUGUCGCAGUACCAUCUGCUACAAUUUGUUUUAAUGUAAUUUUACUAAAAACAGAAAAAAACAUUCUUUUGUACAUAUCUAUGUACAUUAUUGUAAAUGAAUUUUGAACAUGUGUUCAGUGUUUCCAGCACUGCUGUUGUGUCCAAAACAGUUGAAAAUGUCAUUAAAUUAAACACUGGGAUGCUGUCCAUAGAAGCUAAGCUGUAAUGGGAUUUUGGGUGCUGGUUUGCAUUAUUGCUAUCGACAUUAAGGACACUGUUGUGUACUUCAACGUUGCUGUUCAGCACUUUUGAAAGAUUAGAAUGGUUAACCCAGAAAUGCUACAAAGUAGCAUUAGCUCUGUACAUAAAAGUCUGUAUUUACAGCUCUAGUAAUUGGCGUGGUUUUGUAAACCGUUCAACAAAGCAGUACAAAGUCAACGCUAUUUGGAGGUGUAUUUGUUUGUAAAUUGUCCAUCUAUGUUAUUUACACAAUAAUAUUCUUAAUCCUGGAUAGCAGGGCUUCUUAAAUCUAUGAUUUUUCUAUGAGCGUGGAAGUAAGAUCACCCUUCGGACACUUAUGGGUAUGUAUGUAUCAGCGCUUAGGACCGGAAAACCUCAUGGCCAACACCAAUUAAGAACAAAUCAUGUUUUCUGGUAUUUAUGGGUAUCUAAUCCUUGCUUGUGCUAGUUCCUUUGUAACGUGUGGUUUUGUGCAUUCUCCAAGCUUGCUGGAAGGCUGCGCGCUUAAACCUUCCCACGCUGUACUUGUUAUCACUGCUGUUAACCAAAGCUUUGCUAAGUAGUGUUGAAUUCAUCAUCCCGUUUGUGUAAUGAUACUAUGGUUAAUAAAGAGAUAUUUUUUGCA